AAAAGUAGGUUAAUUUUUUGUUUAUUAUUAUUUUUUUUAAAUCAAUUUUAGUUAAAAUAAAUAAUAUUUUGUGUAAUUAAUUUUAAAUAUUUGGUGUAGAAGUUAAAAUAAGCUAUUCUGCGCAGACGCAACCUUAAAAGGUUCAAAGUCCACAAAUAAAUUGUAAUACUUAAACUAAUAAGGAUAUUAAGAAAAAAAAUAUAUCAGUACUUAUAUUUAAAGACAGACGUACAGAAAUUUUUAUAAAAUGUCUAUUAUUAUGAGAAAAUUGCUAAAACCACAAGUAAAUUUAUACUUGAGAAGUUUAUCAUCACAAGCAAAACUUGUUGAAGUUGAACGAAGAGACUCAGGUAUAGCAGUGGUUUCUAUGGCUAGACCACCAGUAAAUAGUCUUAAUUUGGAAUUAUUAACUGAAUUGACGACAACUUUAAAUGAAAUGAAAACACAAAAACUCAAAGGAAUCAUUAUAACUUCGUCUCUGUCAACUGUAUUUUCGGCAGGACUCGAUAUUAUGGAAAUGUAUAAAGUUGAUGUUAAACGUUGCUCUCAAUUUUGGACUGCUUUGCAAGAUUUUUGGAUGACACUUUAUGGAUUACAAAUACGAACUGCUGCUGCUAUAAAUGGAGCAAGUCCAGCUGGUGGAUGUCUCACAGCGCUUGCCUGUGAAUAUCGAGUCAUGGUUAAUGGAAAAAAUAAAAUUGGAUUAAAUGAGACAAAAUUGGGAAUUGUCGCUCCUCAAUGGUUUAAAGACACCUUCAUUUCAACAGUUGGCUAUCGAAAAGCAGAAAUUGCUCUCCUUCGAGGAACUCUCUUUACCCCUGAGGAAGCACUCAAUAUAAAUCUUGUAGAUGAAUUAGCAUCCGAUAAAGCUGAUGCAAUUGCAAAAUGCGAGAAAUAUAUCAAUAGUUUUGAUAAAAUUCCCGCCGAAGCUGUAGGUGUAACUAAACUCCAAUUGAGAAAUAAUCUUAUAUCAUGGCUGAAGAAUAAUCGUGAAAAAGAUACGGAAAUAUUUGUUAAUUUUGUUAUGAAUCCAAGAGUUCAAGCAGGUCUUGAAAUUUAUCUUCAAUCUCUGAAAAAGAAAUAAUUAUUUCUAUUCUUAUAUCAAACUGGGGAAAAAAAAUCGAAAUUUUUAUUCCUAUUUUUAUUGAUUCCUUCCAUUUUUUUUUUUUUGAAUGAAACAGUAAAAAAAGAGACUGAUUCAUCUAAUAUAAUUUUUAAUAUCAUGAGAUAUUUUUUACAUGAAAUUUUAAUAUUCUAUCUAACAGUGAAAUAAGAUUUUUACUAAUAUUUUUUAGUAUAAUGUAUAAAAAACUAAAUUUUAUAUCAUAUUUUUUAUACGUAUUAUAAGGAAAUUAUUUUUUAAAUUGUAAUUAUAUAAAAGUAAAAUAUAAUAAAAUGUUUACAUUUUUCA